AUGUCCCACUGUCACCUGCGCUACAUGUAUUUGAAGUACCGCGCGCGCGACGCCGACACCAACGCGAACCUGGACAAUUUCUGGUUCAAGGGCCACACGGAUUUUGGAAGCCUGACGCUGCCCUUCCGUCAAAAUGUCGCGGCGUUGCAAGUUCGUGGCCAAGACGGCGGGCGAAAGUGGGUGAAGCCCCACGACGGGAGUAUCCCGGUCAACGUGGCGGAUGCCCUCCAGUUCCUGACUAAUGGUUUCCCCAAAGGCAACAUCCAUCGUGUGAUGGCGCCUCCGCCGGAUCAUGCUGGCAUUGACCGUCUGGGGGUCUUGUGCUUUGUGCGUCCGGAAGAUAGCCUGGAGCUGAAGCCUGUGGACAGCCCUGUGCUUUGGAGGCUGGGAUACAAUCCUGAUGAGAACAGUCAGCUCGCAGAGGGAAUCACGACCGGGGAGUGGGUGCAUGCGUGUGUCAAGGCUGGCGUGAACAGGUUCGAGAAGGCCAGGGGCGAGGUGAGUGAGCAGGAGAUUCUAAACGGCGUGAAGACCACGUGCUUUGAUUAA